GUUUUUAAGCGCGGCUGUGUUAUCGUGGAAACCGAUUCCUUUGUGCAGUUUUUGCUCAGCGCUAUGACGUAUUCUUGAAAGUACCUCACAUUCGUAGUGUUAGCAUAGUAAAAACUAUUUAAUGCGAACUGUGAUUUGAACAGUUGCCUGACGUCGACAAAAAAAUAACAAAUAAUAAUCAGAUCACUUACGUCAGUUAUAAUAGAGUUGUUUCACGAAAGUGUCUAUACGAAUUUUAGUGUCAAUCCGUGACUCGACGAGAACGCAUCGCGAUUAGAACACCGAAGAAACAGCGUGAAAUUUGCAGAGCCAAAAAAAAUAUAAAAACAUUUAAAUUUAACCCGCCCCAAUCAAACUCUUAGUUCUGUCUGCAGCUAAUAAAAUACAGACGUGCGAUAAUUGAAUGGGAGUGUGCUGUGUUGUGCCCGAUCGGAACAGUCGCUUAAUUUUUAAUUACCCAAAUAGUAUUUGAUAGUACGUAUCAAUGGUUUUGUGAAGCUCUUUUGCAAUGGAUGUUCUUGGCGAGAAAUGGAUAACGCCAUUCGUGAAACAGAGUUUCGUGACAUGCGGUGUGUCGAUAAACAUGGCGGCCGCGGGCCUCGUGAUGGGUUUUACCACAGGCCUCUUGGAACAGCUGGGGGCACCAGACUCUCCCAUACCUGUGGACGAUGCUUCAGGAUCUUGGAUAGCGGCCAUUCCAGGAUUCUCGUUGGUCGUGGGAAACUUCAUCGUUCCCUCGGUUAUGGCGAGAUACGGAAGGAAAACAGCAAAUCUGAUCAGCAUCGUGCCCCUUAUAAUUGGCUGGAUCGGCAUAGUGUUGGCAAACAGCAUCACAGCUCUAUUCAUAGCCAGAUUCUUGCAAGGUCUGUGCAUGGGCAUGGCCACAUCACUGGGUUCCACUUUGAUCGGUGAAUACGCAAGUCCAAGAAACCGUGGAGUGUUUUUAAUGACAAUAUCCAUUUCUAUAGCCUUUGGAGUGCUUUGCGUUCACGCCAUGGGCUCGUAUCUGGACUGGAAAACAUCUGCAAUAGUGUGUGGUUCUGUAGCUUUAAUAGAUUUGGUCAUUGUGAUAUUUUCUCCGGAGUCGCCUAGUUGGUUAGCCGACCAAGGAAAGUACGAUGAGUGUAAGAAAGUCUUCAGAUGGCUCCGCGGAACUAAGGAGGAACAAGAGUUAAAAAAUUUAAUCGAAGCCAGCAUUAUAGUGAGAGAAUCGAAAGCGGAAGCAAAUGUGAGACGGACUCUCUUGAAGAAAAUCAAAAGUAAUGUAGUCUAUUUUAAGACAACGAUUACAAAGAAGGAGUUCUUCAAACCAAUCUUCAUAAUGAUACACAUAUACAUGAUAGGGCAGUGGAGUGGUGUAAACAUUCUUGUAACGUAUUCAAUAGUAAUAUUCAACAGAGUCGUUGGACCGGAUUGUAAUAUUCCCUUAAUGAUUAUGGCUUUGGACGGCCACAGGAUAAUCGCUAAUAUAUUUGCUAUUUACAUAAUUAAGAAAGCAAAAAGACGGACAAUGCUGUUUACCACGGUUGGAAUUAAUGUUUUGGCUUUAUUGGGAUUAGCAGCGUAUACUUAUGCCAAAGAGAACCGUUUGCUUAACACCGAUUAUCCAAUUAUAGGAAUUCUGCUGAUACAUUUAUUGAUGUUCGCGGUCGCAACGGGAACUAUAUCCCUUUGUUUCAUUAUAGCCGGUGAGAUAUUUCCAUUGGAAUACAGGAGUUUAGCCGGCGGCUUAAGCGUAUUGUUUUAUUCGGCAAACCUUUUUUUAAACGUCAAAACUAUACCAUAUCUGUUGAACAACAUCGGCGUACACGGCACGUGCUGUUUGUAUUGCGUUGUUAUAUUAUAUUGUUUGUUGAUUGCUUGGUGGUUCCUACCUGAAACGAAAGAUAGGACUCUUCAAGAUAUUGAAGAUGAGUUUAGAGGGAGACCAAUGACGAUGGAAGAGUUGAAAUCGGCCCAAUCAUUGGCAUCCUGGAAGGCCUAUAACACAGACAGAAGAUGCAGUACGCCGGUCGUAUAAGUUAAGUUAUUUUGCAUUUAGUGAUACAUUUAUGAACGAUAUUGUAAUAGCUUUUUGAUUCGAAAACACGGUGACACUUCAAACGCUCAUCAUCAGCAUGAUCAUCAGCCUUUAUCUGCCCACUACUGGACAUAGGCCUUCCCCAAUGCCUUCCAUAGAAUGCGGUCCUCCGCCUUCCGCAUCCAACGACUUCCCGCCGUGCGCACUAAGUCGUCGGUUCACCUGACGCCCCACGCUCCUGGUACCCAUCCGUGGCCUCCAUUCGAGAGCUUUCCUCCCCCACUUGGCACAGCUGGCUCGACAGAUGUGACAAGACCAUUGCCACUUUAGCCUGCUUAGCUCUAACUUACUUAGCUAUAACUAAGAGCUACGUCGUCGACUUUGGUUCUCCGUCGAAUUUCUUCGUUCCGGAUUUUGUCCCUUAGACAAAUACCAAGCAUAGCUUUCUCAAUCGCCCGCUGUGCGACUCCUAACUUAUUGGCCAGCCCCGCCGUCAGUGUCCAGGUUUCCGCGCCGUAGGUCAUCUCGGGACAUACGAUAUCAAACGCUACCGGACAUUAAUCCAUCAUUUAAAUAUCUAACCGUAUUUUUAUUUAAUUUUAUUGUAUUAAUAAACAGAGCAGACAUUGAUAGAUACACCGUCACAGCAUUUUCUCCUUUAAAUAAUUGUGAUAAAGCUUCAUUUCGUUUGAAUUAAAACAUGUAUAGUUCCAGAAAUAUUCUGAGGAGGAAUUGAUUUGAAAUUUAAGACGUCCGUUGCAAGGAAUAACGCUCAAAACGCACUGUGCUGGAGAUACUGGUUACCUUUACUGCACUAACAAUAACAGUUAGGCAUUGGUUUCAUGAAAUAUACGAAA